CAACCCCCCAAUCCUCUUCCAAAGCGACGACGGAAGAAGCCUAGCCCUAUAGCCAUCAAGCCAUGGCCGCCAAGGACCCAUCGUAUCUCGAGACCACUACUCUCCUUAGUCAAGAGAUCCAGCAAAAGGAGCUUCGCUUCAAAUUGUACUUGUUCCAGCACACUCAAGGCGAGCCAAAUCGGAACGAGCGCGCUGUAUCGUCUUUGCAUGCCCCCCAUGAGUUUGGGUCCAUCGUCGUUCAUGACUGGACCAUACGGGAUGGUCCUAACCUCCAAGAUAAAAUUGUUGCGCGCGCCCAAGGACUGCAUCUCGGGGCCGGUAUGAACGAAACAAACUGGUUUACCAGUUUCAACAUAAUUUUCACCGAUGAGAGGUUCAAGGGAUCCACUCUUCAGGUGCUCGGAACUACGAGCAUAAGAGAUGGUGAAUGGGCCAUCACUGGUGGCACCGGAGAGUUUGCCUUUGCGCAGGGUGUUGCCACUCACAUAAAAAGCAAGGAACGUGGUGGUGCUGGCCGUGACUGGGAGCUCCGAAUCCGCGCUACAUGCCUCACCUUCCCCAAACCGGUCCUUGUAACCAAGAUUGGACCAUGGGGUGGGCAUGGAGGAAAAGAAUUUGAUAUCCGAGAGUCAGUACCUCAACAUCUAGAAAGUGUGACAAUUAGAAGUGGUGUUGCCAUUGACUCAAUUGUGUUCUCCUACAUUGAUCAAGCUGGAAAGAAGCAAACUCUUGGUCCAUGGGGUGGCGAUGGUGAACUUACUGACACGAUCACUUUUGCCCCUUUAGAGAUUGUGAAGGAAGUUUCAGGAACAAGCGGUACUUUUGGUGGAGAUACUGUUGUGACAUCGCUUACUUUUGUCACAAAUGUGAGGACAUAUGGACCUUUUGGAAAACCAAAUGGUACUGCUUUCAGUGUCCCUCUUACGGAUACUAACAUUGUGGGCUUCUUCGUGCGUGCUGGAAGACUUGUUAAUGCGAUAGGAGUUUAUGCGUGUCCUUCUGUUCAAAAUUAUUAGUACAUACAUUUUUCAAGAAUAACUAGAGCUUUGGCCGGCAUCCUAUGGGUUGCCGUGGUCUCAUGUAUCACUACUUGUUUCCCUUUUUGCAUUUAUUGUCUGGAAUGCAUAUCCUAGCCUCCUGUUUCUGACUA